UUCAUAUCAUACUGAUAUCAUUCCGAUUUCUAUUAACUCAAUACUCGUGUAACUACAUAUUUACUUGUACAAGCAACAGUUAUUUAAGAUAAAAACAUAUAUAUGUAUUUACCUCGUUUUACAAGCUUCUUACAUCAUACAAGUUUCUUACCUUAUACCAAGUUUAUAACCUUACCAAGUUUAUAACCUUAAGAACACUAUUGUAAAAUAGUAAAAUUAAAAUAUUGUAAAAUUAAUUUAAAAUUAGUAAACAGCAACAUGUCACCAAAAAAGAAAGUGUUAAUGGUGUGUUUAGGAAACAGCUGUCGUUCUCCAAUAGCAGAGGCAGUAUUUUACGAUGAAAUAAAAAAGUUAAAUCUUUCUGACGUUUGGGAAGUAAAUAGCGUUGCACUUUUACAGUAUCACGUAGGUAACAGUCCAGAGCCUAGAACUAUGUCCACGCUCAAAAAAAGAGGCAUUACACAUUACACUCACAUAGCGAGACAGAUAACAAAGGAAGAUUUCUAUAAAUUUGAUUGGAUAUUUGGAAUGGAUAGCGGAAUAGUAUUUGAUCUCUGUCAAAUGCAACCAGAAGAUAGUCAAGCAAAAAUUGAACUUCUUGGAAAAUAUGAUCCGAAUGGAGAAUUAAAUAUAAGAGACCCGUUAUUUGACAGUGACAGCGCUGGAUUUGAAAAGGCAUUUGAGCAAGCUGCAAGAAGCAUAAAAGUAUUUCUGGAACAACAUAAAGAUAUUGUAAACACAUAAUUACGCUGAUUACAAUUGCACUGUUAUAUAUACACCUUAUAUAUAAACUAUUGUACAUUGAAAUAAACAUGAAAUAUGUAAAUAUUA